AUGGGGGUGCUUGCCAGGCAGUCUAUUAACGAGGGCAUGCCAAAGUGCAAUGACUGGACCCCCUUCCAGCCAUACUUUCUUUUUGCACACACCGUCGCACGCGUGACAUCAAUGGCACUCGCAAGUCCGGAGCUGUCCGCAAAUGAGGAGUGGAGGAACAUCAUGGUAACCUCCACGAUCACUCUGAUGCAGACCGCGCAGGAGGUGCGAAGGAAAUACCCUCGCCACUGGCGGUGGGUUGUCCCGUGGGUCGAACCAGGCGCCAAGAGGAUCUACGAGAUCCGUAAGAGAUGCGCCGAGCUCCUCGCGCCCAGCUACCAGAACAGAUUAGCCCGGAUGGCCUCCAACGAGAAACCCCUAGUAGACGGCAUCCAGUGGCUGAUGAGCACAGUCCCGGAUGGGAAAAAGGGACUGCUCGAGAUAGCAGACGAGCAGCUCUUCCUGAGCAUGGCGUCCAUCCAUUCGAGCUCCGCAUCCACGCUGUCCUUUGUCUAUGACCUUAUGGACAGACCUGAGUUAAUGGACGAGAUUCUACAGGAGAUCCGUUCAGUUCGUGGUGCAAAGAACGGCUCGUCUGAAUGGACCAAGCGGGACCUGGACCAACUGGUCAAGCUGGACAGCUUCAUGAAGGAGAGCCAACGCUACUACCCUGUUGGUCUCGUGACCGUGCAGCGCUCGAACCUACGGCCGUACACCUUCUCGGACGGCCUGACAAUCCCGGCGAACACGCAGUGCUGCUUCCUCAACUACGAGCUGAACCACGACCCUGAGGUGUACGAGGACCCCGAGACCUUUGACGCCUACCGCUUCCUGCGCCUGCGUGAGACGGGUGACCCGCACAAGCACCACUUCGCGUACGUGUCGGAGGACUCGAUCAACUUCGGCGCCGGCACGUACUCCUGCCCCGGGCGGCACUUUGCGGGCAACGAGAUCAAGCUUAUACUUUGCGAGCUGCUGUUGGGCUACGAGAUGAAAUGGCCCGAGGGCGGGAGUCGGCCGCCCACCAUGUACCGCGACUUCUCGUCCAACCCGGACCCUGGGGUGGACAUUCUGUUCAGAGAGCGGAAGUGCUAG